GUUUCCCACCUUAAAACAAAUAUUUGAUAAAAAGUUGUCAUUCAAAUAUCGCUUACAAAGAUAUGCAGCGGUGCACAAGUUAAUAUAUAAGCCUCGAUUACAGACAUCUCGCAUAAGCUCCGGUUGACUGGGCCACAUCAGAUCUGAAUAUGGCUUCUCUCCAGGUGUUCGUCUUUCUGCUCGGUCUGGUUGUUCUGUGUCACUCUGACUGCUUCUUCGAGGAGUUGACAAUCAAAGACGUAAACAACCCUCCGAAAGGGUGCGUGGACAAGGACGGAAAGCAGCGUGAUUUUGGCUCUGAGUGGGUGACAGACUGCAAACAGUGCUUUUGUUCAAAGGAGGGUUUGAGCUGCUGUAACAUGAUCCCCGACGCUGACACCGUGGAGGUUCCUGAAGAGUGUGAGCUGGUCGUAGAUAAGGCGACCUGCUCUUCCAGAAUGGUGCAGAAGUCCGACAAAGCUAAAGAUUGCGACCCUGUUUGAACGCACCACAAAGAAAACCGUGCACAUCAGGGACAACCGUAAAACAACAGUUUUAUGUUCUAGUUCAUCCUGUGUGCAACAUGCCAAUAAAGAAAGACUAAAUCAACCUUUCUCUUUCAGUCUGACUUGACAUGUUUUUAAAUUUCAGCUGCAAUAAAGUUAAAGCCUGCUCCGA